AUGUCGGAAAGAGGACUGACAAAUACUGUGGUAGAGGAAAGAGCACGAAAAAACACACUUGGGGGAAGAGGACAUGAACAACUAAAGCAGUCAACCAUACAAAAGCUUGCUGAAUAUUAUAAGAAAGCCAUAUAUUCAAAUAAGGGCGAUAUUCAGAUCCAGCCGCUCAUUUGGACAAUCGAUCGUCGGCAAUACAACGUCACCCGAGCGGCGAGUGAGUUCUUCGUUACAGCUCCUCAUAUAGGAUUAAGCAGCUUUGUCGUGCGGUUGACUAUUUCUGCAGGAACGUUCUUCUGUGAAAUAGUGGUGUUUGUACAGAAAAUAGUUCAGAGAAAGGUGACAGCAACCACAGAAGUUUUGAAAUGUUUUCUUUCAAAUGGAGAAGGAAAACUUAUUCAGUGCUGUAUUUGGGGCGCUGAAGAUAUAAAUGCAUUAGAAGAAUACAUUCAAAUAAACGAGAUCUUGCACAUUGACGGAGCCUGGGCUCGAGUUCCAUCAAAGGCUGAAUUUAAUAAAGGAAAUGUCCAUUUUGAGUUGCAAUUAUUUGCAACUACUGAGAUUACAUCUCUUGGACAGCAUCUACUUGAAGAGGAAAAUGUCGCUUUAGAUGUCGUGGAUCUCGCAGACGUAAUCCACACCGAGCUGGGAAAUAAAAUUAAAAUAUUUGCUUUCUUAAAAACGAAAUUCAUCGAGCAAAGAAUGGGAGCCUAUCCUAAUGUAGGCACGUUUGCUUGUGGGUCAAUAACAGACGGCACAAGUAAAUUGGAAGUGAGGACUCCUAGCAUCCAAGGCGUUGGGAAUUUUCAAAAGGGCCAGAAGCUGUCAUUAACUGGCACGAUAGAAGCACAAGGACACAGAUUACAUCUACAAGUGAAUCAUAGUAAUGAUAUAGAAUUAAUUCCCGACGAGACAAUGUCUUUAGAUAGAUUAUUAAACGUUCGAAACGAAUUAAAAAGAACUUUAGGAGAAGCCGAAGUACCGCCAGGUGCACGCAGAAGAAUGUAAAUUAAUACGACAUUACAUUUUUUAAUAUUUUCUAUCAACAAUAAA